UGGUAGGCGUAUCGCCUCUCGGGACAAACCGACGCACUGUGUGAAAGUAACUGCAGGAGGAAGCUCACCGGCGGACCAGAGUGCUUUCUAACGGCAGGGAGGGGGGAAAGGACAAGAAUGAUUUGAUGGUGGAUUCCUAGCGGAAUUAAUCAUUUUUCCUGACCUAUAACGCCUCAAUCUAUAGGCUUCCAUCCACCGGACGGCACGCACUCUUGUCCAUCGCCUGUCCUUGGAGAGACCGACACAGGGAGAACAGAUAGGUCAAGACAAAGUCACUUCUGUGGCUGGAAAGGAGGGGACGCCCGUUUACCAAGCCUCUCUGUUUCUGCAGUUUAUGUUUUAACCAGUUGUUAUCUUAUUGAUAAUGUUCUUACCUUGAGAGGGAUAAUUACCAACCACAAAGGAUUACUGUCCUCCAGCCAAGUGCAACUACUUUGAAAUGGGAAUGAGCCAAAUGUUGUGUUGGUGCAGGAUUGACAGCCGCUGAAUGGGGGCGCAGAGAGCAUCUGUAGGGGAGUUUACGCCGGCUGAGCAGCCCAAAACGAAGACCGUGCCCGGAUUCACCGAGUAGCCAACAGAGACGUUUCCUUACUAUCCACACUGCUUUUUCUCUAUUCAGGACACACGAUCCCAGCUAUAUUAACCUCGAACGGAUGUGUGCUUUUUAUCGCUUCACCGAUGCACGGAGUCUUAACGAAAACGCAGACAGCUCACAUGGAGACCAAAUGAGUGCGCAACGCGGCUGUGCGCCGGUUUAACGGCGUUUUACCACGCUUACAGAACCGUCCCAGUGGAUCAACGGCGGACGAGGGUUUGCUGUAGGUUAUCAGCUGCCACCGGUCACGUACCCGCAUCGGGCUUUUAAGGCAAACUCCAAGGGAACUAAAUUGAAACGCCUCGCGUGCCCCAGCACCAGCAGGAGCCCCGCAGCCCGACCAGCGUUGCGCGGUAUAAAACCAAAAUAAAAGUGGAUAUCAUUACUUAUUUGGUUCAACAAUUAUCUGUCCAGAGGAGGAUUAUUUAACGUAUUGUUUGCUGAGUUCUUCACCUGGCUUUUCAAGAGAAGGGGAGAACGGAGGAGAAACCGCCUUUACCUAACCGGCAAGGAGGAGAGAGAGACACGCAGGUCUUUGGAUCCAUAUCCCUGGCACAUCUUUUCAGUGCAUCUACCAGUCACACCCAUGUAUCUUCAUGUUGAGGCCUAAUAAAUCACAGCAGACCACAUAGAGUUGCCCUGCUCCCAGUGGAGGAUAAUGGAACGGCUGUGGUUCUCUUUGCUGUUGCUGGCAGCAGCAUGCAGGGGACAGCCAUGUCCGAAACGCUGUAUGUGCCAGAGCCUUUCUCCAUCGCUCGCUAUCCUCUGCUCCAAGACAGGCCUGCUGUUUGUUCCUGCUGCCAUUGACCGGCGCACAGUGGAGCUACGGCUCCAAGAAAACUUUAUUACAGCUGUCCGAAGAAAGGACUUUGCCAACAUGACCAGCUUGCUACAUCUGACCCUGUCAAGAAACACCAUCAGUCAGAUUCUCCCUUCAGCUUUCAGUGACUUGCGGCGACUGAGAGCACUCCACCUAGACUCUAACAGGUUAACUGUUAUCAAGGAUGACCAUUUCAAAGGCCUGACCAACCUCCGUCACCUGAUCCUUGCCAACAACCAGCUCCACUCCAUAUCUUCUCAUGCCUUUGAUGACUUCCUGUCCACACUGGAGGAUCUCGACCUCAGCUACAAUAAUCUUGCCGAGGCACCUUGGGACAUGAUUGGGCGCCUCACCAAUGUCAAUACCCUAAAUAUGGACCACAACCUCAUAGAAAAUGUUCCCCAAGGUGUAUUCACAAACCUACACAAGCUAGCCAGGCUAGACAUGACAUCCAACAAGCUGAAGAAAAUUCCCCCGGACCCUUUGUUCCUGAGAAUUCCAGUUUAUGCUAAAUCCAAAGGCUCCCCCCUCUCCUCCCUGGUGUUAAGUUUUGGUGGCAACCCCCUUCACUGUAACUGUGAACUUCUGUGGUUGAGAAGACUGACCAGAGAAGACGACCUUGAGACAUGCGCUUCUCCCCCUGACCUCAGUGCCAAGUACUUCUGGACCAUUCCUGAAGAGGAGUUUAUUUGUGACCCACCAGUUUUGACCCGUAAGUCGCCACAUACAGUGUCUAUGGAAGGCCAACCUGCAAGCUUAAAGUGCAAAGCGAAUGGUGAUCCAGAGCCUGAAGUUCACUGGAUCAGCCCUGAAGGGCGACUUAUAUCUAAUAGCUCCAGAACGUUGGUUUUCCCUAAUGGAAGCCUGGAUAUUAAUGUCACAAGCCUAAAGGAUUCAGGUAACUUCACCUGCAUUGCCUCAAAUGCAGCAGGUGAAUCAACGGGAAGAGUGGAGCUUGUUGUGACGGCAGUGCCUCAUCUGGCAAACAGCACAAGCCGCAGCCGAGACCCAUCCUCUGAACCUGCCCCUUCUGACAUCUUAACCCCUUCUAAGGUUGCACUCCCUAACAAUGAGACACGAGGGGCAGACCGGAGGGUCUCAUUGGUGGAACUGACAGGAAACUCUGCCCUCAUUAGAUGGAGCAGUCAGACGCCUACAACUGGAGUCAGGAUGUUCCAGGUCCAGUAUAACAGCUCUGGAGAUGACACACUUGUUUACAGGAUGAUUCCAUCCAGCAGCAAUGACUUCCUGGUUCGGGACCUCGCCGCCGGACGCAACUACGAUCUUUGUGUCCUGUCCGUGUUUGAUGAUGUCGUCACAUCGCUGACUGCAACACGUCCUUUGGGCUGUCUUUCGUUCACCACGGACACAGAGUUCAGCCAGUGCCAAGCAUUGCACAGCCACUUCCUGGGUGGCACUAUGAUCAUCAUCAUUGGAGGGAUUAUUGUUGCUUCUGUGCUGGUUUUUAUUAUCAUCUUAAUGAUACGAUACAAGGUUUACACCCACCAAGGGGCAGGCCAUGGAAAAGCAGCUAUUGCAGUGACUGCGCCAAGACCGCAGAGCAAUGGACAAGGAGGAGGCGCACAGGUCCAAGUCCUCCCUCACUCUGCCUCAAAAAUGCCUGAUAGUCAGGACGACCAAGCGAUGGCGCCCUCCAGGGCCAUGUCACCUAGCAACACUCUUAGAGACACUGUGGCAUUGGUCGAGGAGGCGAGCAGUGGACGGAGCAUAAUGACAAGGACUGACUCCUUGGCCAAUGACGAGUUGCUCUCGCCCACCAACGCUCGCUUCUCCUCCAGGGUCGCCAUUGAGAUGAAAAGCAGGCCGCCAUCUGUCGCCAAAGAGCCCACCUCCCCCAAAGAACCAGCAGCAGCAGAUGGCAGGCGGCCUCAUAGUGUCGUAUGGAGAGACUUUAAGAUCUGAAGGUCUCUCGGUCGCACAACGACAGUGCACCAACACUACAAAAAAAGAAACCCUGAUGAUGUUGUUCUGAGUGGCAGAAAUGGAGAACAUCACCACCAGGGAGAAGAUGGUGAAAACUGAAGAAAAAAAAAAGGCCCUAUAGCUCUCCUCCCAUCUCUCCUGUUUACUGUGCCCAUUACUUUGUUUCCAUAAGUACCAUGGGAUCAUAGACCUGUACUGUCUGGUUUACUUUUUGCUGAGCUUGGUUCUCAUGUCUGGAUUGGACGUGUCAAGGCCCACUGUCUGUUUGCUUGCUGAUUGGCCUGUUGCUGCAGGAUCCGGCUGACAGUGUGAUCAUCAUUAAUCAGUUUUUAAAGGAACGGCACGUAAUGAAUACUGAAUUUUCCACUUGAAUCAUCUGUAUCAGUGUGAAAGUGGAUACAAUGGGCAUAGAUAAUUUCAAAAGAAAACAAAAAGAGACGUGUGUUUGGACAUGAUUAUGGAUGGAAAAUAUGAAUGAACUUCUCCCCAUCUGGAGCAGCAUCAACAUGCACGGACAGACAUCGAACAGAUGGUCAAAACAGACUGAGAAUGUAUGGCUAAACAGUGCAAGUUGGAUGGAUGGAUAAGCGCACACAACCUGGAUAUACAAUAUGUUAGACUGAACAAAAAGAAAGGAAUUAAUAUCACACACAUGGAUGAAUGGAUCCGGUUUUGGAUAUGAACAUUAAAACAAUAUUGGAGCACAUAAGGAACUCUCAACAUGGCUGGCUGUAGAUGAAUCAACUCUUGUAUUCCACGUAGAAUAAUGGAAUAAUGAAAACUGAACUGAGCUGAUCCAAACUGCACUGAACUGGAGCCGGAUUUGAACCUUGACUAAAUCCUGUUAUCUCUCAAUCAGAAGUUUCUGGAAAUCAGUAUAACAAAAACAUGAACUGAAGUGGACCCAGUGGAGCCUAUCUAGAAAUGUACACUGGUCAAGGAUUUGGACUGUUCAUCGAUCUGAAGCAGAACAACUUGACUAGACUGGCCUGUUAUCUAUUAGUCUAGUCUGUGUUUUCUACUGCUCUGAUCUAAUGUCAACCACUAUCCACUGGAAGUGACUGGUGAGGACCUUGUGGACCUUGCCAACCUUUCUAACGUCUCUCCAGGACUACUUACACAGACCCAGUGAUCAGGAGGAAAGCCACAUGUCUAAAGCGAAAAUGGAAACGGAUGAACAGAUAAGAGAUAAAAAUAAUAAAGUAGCGGGGAAUCAGUUAGCCAAACCAUGUGAAUUUCAGAUUCCAUUCAUGUCAAACUUCAUUGUCAAUAAAUACGUUUACAGAUCCAGAGUAGGUUGAAUUUGGUUUAGCUGGUCCGGUCUGGUGUACAAGCUUAAACCAGUUUGAUUUUAUGCCAACUGGAUGAACCUGCAUUUGUAUUAUGGCAUGUUCUCGCAAAUAAAAAAAAUCAUCUGCGUCACAGUGUAAAUCCAAUUUCCAUUAGUGAUAUGCAAUAUGAAAGUGUGAUUAAAAUAAUAUAAUGAUUGUUUGACAAAGAGCUAGUGUCUGACAGACAGUUCUCAAUUAACUGCUUAGCCGAGAAGGCCAGCAACAAGAAGGAGAUAAAAUUGUAGUUUCAUUAAGGGUUGGAGGAGAAAUUAGCAGCCACUGAGAAAAGUGGAACGCCCAUUAGAAAAAAAUGCAUUCAGGCCCAGUGAUUGGCUCAAUAUGAAAUUGGUUUGAAUUUCUUUACACCCGGCUAUGCCUAGUCAAGCGAUCUACAUUGAAAAUCUAAUCAGCCUACUUUAUCAAGAAGAAAAAUGAUGUAUGACUGUAUAUGACCUGCAUUGUUAUCAUCUUGGUAGUCAUCCAGGCCUUCUGCACAUCUUCAUAAUCACAAUCCUCUUCAUCACCAUGGAGCGCGCUUACGUGCACACAGUAUGACGCAUAACACAUCUUACUUAAUGUUCCCUUUGGAAAGAGUGACAUCAUCAUAUGAGUCUGACGAAUCCCUUUAUGAUGAUCAUUAGAACCACACAUGUGCUCUAUAAUAGCAUCUCUGUCAUGAUUGCCAUGUUUUGGCUCUGACAUCAUGCUGGUUAUUGUAAAUGGGAUCGGUGGUACCACAGAUGCCAUCUCAGAUAUGUGUUUUUUCCGAUGUGUGUGCACAGGAUAUUAUCAUUCUCAUUAUGAUUGUUACAGUUCAUACAGAGAUAUAAGCUGAUAGAAGAGCCAAUAGAGAGAGAACCUCCAAACGGUUUGACCCAUCUCAGAAGACACAUCCCAAAAAAAGCAGAUUUAAAAAAUAAAAAAAAGUCUUCACUUUUCCCCCUUCUGUGCUCCCCUCACUUUUUCUUUGGGCUUUACCUUUUGUAUGUGUACAUAAAGCAAUUUCAAAUCUUAUAGUUUUGUACAUGUAAUUUUUAUGG